AUGGCUCCCACUCUUUCGACCCUUGGCCUUGCCACCCUCUUCAUGGGCCUGGUGUCGGCCCAGAAGCCCAUCAACGGAGAGGACAACCACCCUCCCAUCAAGACGUGGAAGUGCUCCCACGCCGACGGCUGCGUCGAGAAGACCAACUACAUUGUCCUCGACUCGCUCAUCCACCCCGUCUACCAGGCGGCCAAUGGCGAGAACUGCGGAUCGUGGGGCAAUGCUCCCCCCAAGAGUGCCUGCCCCAACAAGGAGGAGUGCGCCGAGAACUGCGUCAUGGAGGCCAUCAAGGACUACGAGCCCUACGGUGUCAAGACGUCCGGGUCCUCCCUGACGCUGCACCAGCUGUUCGAGGGCCGUCAAGUCUCUCCCCGCGUCUACUUCCUCGACGAGACCAAGCAGGAGUACGAGAUGCUGCAGCUGACGGGCAACGAGUUCACCUUUGAUGUCGAUGUCUCCCGUCUCCCCUGCGGCAUGAACAGCGCUCUGUACCUCAGCGAGAUGCUGGCCGACGGCGGCAAGAGCGAGCUCAACAAGGGUGGCGCCAACUUUGGCACCGGUUACUGCGAUGCGCAGUGCUUCACAACGCCCUUCAUCAACGGAGAGGGCAACAUUGGAGGUUAUGGAUCGUGCUGUGGCGAGCUCGACAUCUGGGAGGCCAACUCGCGCGCCGUCCACGUCGCUCCCCACCCGUGCAACAUUACGCAGCUCUACGAGUGCACGGGCGAUGAGUGUGCCUUUGAGGGCGUCUGCGACAAGAACGGCUGCGCGUGGAACCCGUAUCGCGUCGAGCAGGACGAUUACUACGGCCGCGGCGCGGAGGAGUUCAAGGUCGACACGACCAAGCCCUUCACCGUCAUCACGCAGUUCCCCGCCGACGCCGAUGGCAAGCUCACCGAGAUCCACCGUGCUUACAUUCAGGACGGCCGCCUCAUUCGCAGCGAGGUGGUCAACAACCCGGACCUGCCGCAGGUCAACUACCUCAACGACGAAUUCUGCGAGGCCACGGGCUCGCGCCGCUUCAUGGAGCUCGGCGCGCACGAGGGCAUGGGCGACGCCAUGUCGCGCGGCAUGGUCCUGGCCAUCAGCCUUUGGUGGGACGCCGGCGGUAACAUGCAGUGGCUCGACGGCAGCGCUCAGAACGCCGGUCCUUGCAACCUCACCGAGGGCAACCCGCAGAACGUGGUCAAGGUCGAGGCGGACCCUGUCGUCACCUUCAGCGAGAUCAAGUGGGGCGAGAUUGGCACCACCUUCAAGGCCGGCUGCCAGCCAAAGCGCAAGUAA